AUGUUAAAGCUUAUAGAAAAGCGUCUUAUUAAUUUCAUUACUCUUAAAUUCAAAGAAAAUGAUUUAGAAAAAAAAUAUUAAUAGUAUAGAUCUCCUUCAUUGAUAAUUCCAUAUAUAUACAAUUUGGUGACAUUAUUUGUAAUGGAAAUUGUGAUAUUUAUAAUGCUAAUUAUAAAUACUAGCUCUGGAAAUAUUUUAUGGAUAUGCGGUGGUAUAUUUGGGUCAUUAGUUCCAAUUAUUAUUUAUGUUCUUAUUUAUCAUUAAAAUUAUUCUAAUGCCUAAGUAUCUUUAUCUUGUCCUUAAACUUCUGAUAAUUCUAUUGUCAACCCUAACUAAACUGACCUUUUACUAUUUUUAUAUGCUCAUGAAACAAUUACACUUUCAUAAGCCUUCUUUAUUGAUUUUUGGGACUUCAGUAUAGAUUCAUUAUUGAUAAUUGUUAAUAGAAUAAUAAAUGGUGUUAUUUUUGGAAAUUAAAUACGUUCAAAUGCUUUUUUGAAUAUUCUAUUCUAUCUAGUUCCUAUUUUCCUCAUAUUAAAUAGAUACAUUAGAGAGCUAACAUAGAGAUCUAAAUUUUUAGAUAACAAUAAUAACAGUGAAUGGGUAAAUAUAAUUGAUAAUAUGUAUAACUCUUGCUUAAUAGUUAGUAGAUGGGACGAUAGACACUAAACUAUUUAAAUGAUUAGAGUGAGUGCAAACGCAGAGACAAAAUAUAAAAUCUUUGAUGGAGAGUCUAUGAAGAAUUUUUAUAGUAAGAUUAUAAUAGAUAUAAAAAGUAGUGAGGGUUAAUUAAAUGGCUUAGCAGAAGAUGGUAAAAAACUAACAUUAAAAGAUUAUUUGUUAUCUAGAUGUGUAUUACACAAACAGCAAAGGAGUAGAAAGUAAACGGCAUAUAGAAAAAAGCAACCAAAAAGUAAUACACCACUAUCAACUGCUACUAAAACAGAAGAUUUGAAAUAAGAACUUCAAGCAAAGCGGUUAAGGUGUAAAUCCUAACACUAAAGGAAUUUAGUGGAAAGUGAAACAUUAAUAGGAUAUUAUUAUAGAUAAGGAGAAGAUCAAAAGUAUUCAAGAAUUUUUAGAAUAAAGGUAAGUAAUUUUUAAAUGAAUGAAUCUGCUCUUGUUACCUGCAUCGAAGAUAUAACUUACUAAGACGAUAUAAAAUAUUUUUAAAAUUCUAAAAUUUAAUCAGAUAAAUUGUUAUUGCAAACUCUUAACGAUUUUAGAAUAAAAUUAGUUCCUAUAAUAAGAGGGGUAGUAGAAUUUGAAAAAGCUAACUUGGAUGAAUAGUACGAUAAUAUUGUAGAAACAAUAAAAUAUAAUACUUACUUAAUAAUGAAUCACAUAUAUGUUUUAUUUGACUAUUUCUCUAUCAAUGAGAAGAAAGGAGUUAAUGUCAAAAUGGCAUAAUUUUCCUUUAAAUAAAUGAUAUGGGAUUUAGUAGGUAUGUUUCAAGCCUAGGCCAAAAUGAAUGAUAUUUAAUUUAUUCAUAAGAAUGAUGUACGUAGGAUGGAUAAAACCUUCUCAGAUGAAAGAAGAAUCAAAUAAGUUCUAAUUACUAUUUUAUCUAAUGCUAUAAAUUAAGUAGGUUAAGGGUCUAUUUCUUUUAAAGUUUGCUUAGAAAGAAAUGAUUUUAAUGUAACUUAAUCAUAAACAGACAGUCCUACAAGCAGUAAAAGUCACCCUAGUUUAAGAUUUGAGAUUGAAGUGUAAAUUAAAGAAAAGAAAAAAAAGAGAGAUGAUGUGAAUGAAGAUUUCGAAUAAAUGUUCAAAAAAAUAGAGAGUCAAGUAAUUGACGAAUUAGUAAAAACUCUAGGACCAUACUAAAUAAAAGCAGAAGACAUUAUAGAAAACAAUACAUUAAAAACAUCGUUUGCUAUUUAUGCAGACUUUGUUAAUUUAAGAAAAGAAGAAAGACUCCAUUCUCUUAUAAGACCUGAAGUUUCAAUAAAUUAUUAAUAAUAAUAGAGAAAUAGAGCUUCUACAAAGUAAAGCACAUUAUUCCAACAAAGAAAAAGCCAAAAAUCGAUUGAAUCAGCUCCAGUCAAGACUUAUGGUUAAACUUACACUUAACAUCCAAUUGAAAAAUAAACCUAAGAACAGUAAGUGGUUACCUCAAAAAAAGAUUUUAACUAAAUUGAGGAAAAUAAUAAAGAGUAGCAGACAGCUUUAGAUACAAAAGAUUUAGUGGAGUAGCAACUUAAGGAGUUUUAGGAGUAAAAACAAAAAUUAGAAUAUGAAAAAUAAAGAUAAGAAAGUAUGUCUCCUAAAACCAGAUUUGAUUCUAAAGGUUAAAUUAGGAGCACAACAAUAAGGCCGGGGUCAAAUAUCUUGAAUUCCUCUUAGCAUAAAACAUUCUUGCAGAAUCUUAGUCGUUAACUUAGAGAUACAACAAUAAUUAACUAAUAGAAUCAAUCCUCAGCAUAAGAGGAAAAUGAAGAUAACUAAAACUCAUUUUCUCAAAAUAAGAUAGAUAGUAAGGAUUCUCGUGCCAAAUUAUCCAAUUAUCACUUUUAAGAAGAUAACAACCAAAAAAGAUAAGUUGACGACUGUAAUAAUAAUAGCAUAAAUUUUUCUUCAGUGAGCCAACAUUAUCUAGAUGAAGAAAAUCUAGGUCAAAGUGAGUUAGGGAUUACAGAUCAAGAAACUAAUAUUUAAAAAUUAUAUCAACCACAAUUUAACGUUGAUUCAUAUAUUGGCAAUAAAUUUAGCUCUUAUUUUUCAAAAUAAUCAUAAGAAAUUGCAUUUAUAGAAGGAGAUAAAAGCAAUAGCUAACACAGUAAUUUACUUUUAGGAUUAGGAGAUAAAAGUAUCAGUAAAAGUAACUCAGAUGAAAUGUCUUAAAGCUAUUUCAUUAAUGAAAAAAGAGACUCUGUAAAUGAGUAGCUAUAUUCCUCUGAUAAAAGCUACCCUUCGUAGUUAGAAAUAAGACCUAAAAAAGCAAGUCUCUUUUCUUAAAUAAGAUGA